UUGGGACUUGUGUCUAAAUUUCCAACUCCUCGCCACACACACAAAUCAGAGAUGCCGCCAAAGCCCAAGCACCGCGACGUGGCCGAGUUCCUCAGCCGUCUCCGCAACUUCUUUUUGGGCCGCACCCACAAGACGGCCCUGCGUUUCGCCGACACGGUCUCCCCGCGGACUCAGCCGCCCCCGGACAUUCCGCAGGGUCCCUCGCAGAACCUGUUCGCCAACUACUACUACUCAAGGGAUCCUCGCAGCUCAGUCAGGCCGGCCGUCGAUGUGGUGCAGGAGCACAAGCAGAUGCUGGCAGCCAAGGAGAAGGCCGAGGAGGCGGCCAAAGCUGCGCAGGCCAAGACUGGACAGGGCCCGAAGGAUGAAUGUCCUCCGGAAUGCGAGGAUGUCGAUGCCGAGGAGUGCGAACAAGAGGAGGACUCCUGCGCUAAGAAACUUCCCACUCCCGGCAAGGUCCAUUCUUGGGAGGGACCACAUUAACCGAGUUUCUAGUUCCUGUGUUGACACUCCGUUGAACAUAAUUAAAGUGUGCGGCUAGUUGCCUGCCCCAUUA